AUGACGGGCUCCUUGAUGACGAUGCCCAUGCUCAUCGUGAACAUGGGGGCCGAGAUGAUCUACGUGCUGGACCAGCGGCUGAAGGCCCAGAACAUCCCGCGCGACAAGAGCUCCAAAGUGCUCGAGGACAUCGUCAAGACCAUGUACAACGAGACGUUCAUGGCCGAGCUCUUCAAGCCGCACCGCAUGUACUCGAACGUGUCCACGCGCCAGAUCUUCGACCGCCUCGCGCACUCAUCCAUCAUGCGGCUCAACACCAACAGCAUGGACAAGCUCUACGACCUCAUGCGCAUGGGCUUCAAGUACCAGGUGCUGUCCUGCUCGUCCGCCGACGAGCUGCUGCAGGUGACCAUGAACCACCUGUCCAACACCAAGAACCUCGUCGAGUCGGCCGACGUCAAGCGCCUCGUGGACGAGACCAUCCAGCUCACGUCCGAGAACUUCGGCCGCAUGAGCCCCGCCGACUUCUACAUGCUCAAGCAGUACCUGUGCCGCUUCUUCCAGGACACGCGCAUUAAGGUGUCGCUCUUCCUGCAGAACGGCAUCCAGGGCAUGGACGGCACGCUGGCCAUCCACUACGAGGGCUUCACGGCCACGGGCGGCAAGGUUCCUGGCAUGACGCAGUACUUCGACGCGUCCGGCCGCGUGGAGGAGGAGGACUCAUUCGCCAUCGCCAGCGCCGACGGGUCCGUCGAGGCGCCCGAGGGCUCCGUGCUCGACCGCGGCCAGCUCAACGCGCACCUGGGCUUCAACAUGUACGAGGCCGACUCGAAAGACGGCAGCGGCGGCUUCUCGCGCUCCACACGCCAGCUCUUCGCCGACAGCAAACCUCGUGGGCGUAUCCGCGUCCGCGAAAGACGUCGAGGGGGACAACAAGGCGCUGCGCAUCAACCUAUCCCCACCAUCUGGAUCGACGCCGCCAGCGACCGCAAGAGCUCCACGGACGCCAUUCUGCGCGACUUCAAGCUGGACGACGACGGCGCCAAGCGCGAGAGCAAAGCGGGCGACGACCUGCUGGACCUCAUGGACUCGACCAGCUAA